AUGGCGCUGCGCGAGUUCAAGGCACCUGUCAGCUACGAGAAGCAACAACAUGCCUUCCAGGAGUUCUUGACAGGAUUCAAGACAUCGCCUGAGCAAACAAUUACAACUGCGCUGGGAAAUAUUACCAUCGGAGAGGAUGACCUGGACGACGAGUAUGACUUUAUGGACGAGGAUGGUCAGGAUGAAAACCAACGUCAACAAGCUAAGGAGCGCCGGGCUCCUCAAUACAAGUACAAGAACAUGCUGCAGCAACUUUCCGACCGAACAAUCGACGAGGCGACAAUUGAUCUCGAUGAUCUAGCGACGUGGGAGAGCCAAGCGUUUGACAACGAAGACAGCAUGAGGCUUGUGGAUUCUAUUGAGAUGAACACAAAGCACUAUGUUGAGAUUUUUUCCAGAGCGGUGGACGAGGUACUGCCUCCAGCAAGCGCAGACAUAACCUUCAAGGAUGAUGUUCUCGACGUGUUGAUGGCUCGACGACAAACCCGUAACCGAGAGCUUGAUGAAGCCGCUGAACGUGACCCAACUGCUGCUGAUGACAAGUUCCCUGCAGAACUCACCCGCAGAUACACUCUCGUCUUCAAGCCUCGAUCUGGCACCUCAAGCCAGCCUUCAAAGGCACUGGCAGUGCGACAAGUGCGUGGUGAGCACUUGGGUCACCUCAUUACCAUUCGCGCAAUCGCUACCAGAGUCUCUGAUGUCAAGCCCAUUGUGCAAGUCAGUGCAUACACCUGCGACAGAUGUGGUUGCGAAAUCUUUCAGCCUAUCACUGAUAAGCAAUAUGGUCCCCUCAAUAUGUGUCCUUCAGAAGACUGCAAGCAAAACCAGGCCAAGGGUCAGCUCAACCCCUCUUCAAGAGCUUCCAAGUUCUUGCCUUUCCAGGAAGUCAAGGUUCAAGAAAUGGCUGAACAGGUUCCUAUCGGUCAGAUCCCUCGCAGUCUUACAGUUUUCUGCCACGGAACGCUUGUCAGACAGAUCAACCCUGGUGAUGUUGUCGAUAUUUCGGGCAUCUUCCUUCCUACUCCUUACACGGGCUUCAAGGCCAUGAAGGCCGGUCUGCUUACCGACACUUACCUGGAAGCCCACCACGUUCUUCAACAUAAGAAGGCCUACAGCGAAAUGAUCGUGGAUCCCACAUUAGUUCGCCGUAUUGAGAAAUACCGUCAGACCGGCCAGGUUUACGAGCUUCUCGCCAAGUCAAUUGCCCCCGAAAUCUUUGGACAUGUAGAUGUCAAGAAGGCCCUUCUGCUUCUUCUCAUUGGUGGUGUGACUAAAGAGAUGGGAGACGGCAUGAAGAUCCGUGGUGACAUCAACAUCUGCCUGAUGGGUGACCCUGGUGUGGCCAAGUCUCAGCUCCUCAAAUACAUCUCCAAGGUCGCCCCUCGUGGUGUUUACACAUCAGGCCGUGGAAGCAGUGGUGUCGGUCUGACGGCGGCUGUCAUGCGAGAUCCUGUCACUGACGAGAUGGUCCUCGAGGGUGGUGCUCUUGUCCUCGCCGAUAACGGAAUCUGCUGUAUCGAUGAAUUUGAUAAGAUGGAUGAGACUGAUCGUACCGCUAUCCACGAAGUUAUGGAACAGCAAACUAUCUCUAUCUCCAAGGCCGGGAUCUCCACUACCUUGAACGCCCGUACCUCCAUUCUUGCUGCCGCUAACCCUGUCUACGGACGAUACAACCCUCGCAUCUCCCCGGUUGAGAACAUCAAUCUGCCCGCUGCACUUCUGUCCCGUUUCGACAUUCUUUUCUUACUUCUUGAUACCCCUACGCGUGAGACAGACGAGCAGCUUGCUAAGCACGUUGCUUUUGUGCACAUGAACAGCCGACACCCCGAUAUUGGCACAGACAACGUAAUUUUCAGUCCUCACGAGGUGCGAUCAUACAUUGCCCAAGCCAGAACAUACCGACCUGUGGUUCCCGAGAAUGUGUCGGAGUAUAUGAUCAAGACAUACGUGCGCAUGCGAGACCAGCAGCAGCGUGCCGAGAAGAAGGGCAAACAAUUCACUCAUACCACUCCUCGUACCCUUCUAGGUGUUGUUCGUCUAGCUCAAGCUCUGGCACGACUGCGAUUCAGUAAUGAGGUUGUUCAAGACGAUGUUGACGAGGCCCUGCGACUAGUAGAGGCUAGUAAAGAAAGUCUCAACAACGAACUCGAUAAUAGACAACAGGCCCAGUCGUCCAACGAUAGGAUCUACAGGCUGGUCAUGAACAUCCUUGAGUCUGGCCAGUGCCGUCCUGAUGACGCUACCGACGAUGAAGACUUGCGUGAUGAGCUAGAUAUGAGAAAGGUCAGGGAACGGGUCCUCGCCCGCUUCACCGAAGAUCAGUGGCUUAACGCCCUGGAGGCAUACGCCCAUCUAGAUGUCUGGCAAACUGCUAGCAGCGGUAACAGACUGGUAUUCAUCAACCGGGUUGACAACCAGGAGGAAGCCAUGGACUUUUGA